AUGGCCAAAUUUAAAACCGAUUAUUGCCACUCAGAGUUUGAUUUGGCUUCUCGUGCAUACACAAUCUUGCAAUUUAAUCGGCAUUUUGACAAGUUCAAUGCUAAGGACCUUCGUAUUGCCAUGUAUUUGGCAGAUAUUGGGUUGGAGAGAUGGAGUCAUGCCUUUUUCCCUGGUAAACGAUACAAUCAAAUGACAAGCAAUUACGCCGAGAGCUUUAAUAGUCAAAGCAGGGAAGCUAGAAAGUAUCAUAUAACAACCUUAGCUGAUUAUUUAAGAUUCACAAUACAAGAAUGGUUUAAUAAUAGAAGAGAAAAAGCGUCCAAUCACAAGGAAUGUUUAUCUCAUUAUUAUGAAAAGUUCUUACGUGAUCAAGCUGAGAAGGCCAAAUUAUAUAAUGUCCAUCCACUUAACCGAUUUGAGUUUUAUGUGCAUGACGAUGAAUCUGAUUUUAAAGUUGACUUGAAAGGAUUGAGUUGUAGUUGUAGGGUAUUUGAUGUAUCUGGUCUUCCUUGCACUCAUGCUCUGGCUGCUGCCCAUACCCAUAAAUUGGAUGCCUAUGAGUUCUGCUCAAGGUAUUACUCAACUGAAUCGUGGAUCAAUGCAUAUGCGGAGACAUGCUAUCUAGUUUGUCAUCACGACUCUUGGAAUAUUCCAGAAAAUAUCAAGCAACGAGUGUGCCUUAAACCACCUAUUAAGGUUAAGAAAGGGCAGCCACAAACAAAGCGUAUGUCAUCCCAAGGUGAGACUCGUAAGAUUGUUGGCGUUGAUUAA